UUUUUCUCUCGCUCCACACAUUUUUGAGGGAGGAGCUCUUACACAUUAUUGUUCUUUCUUUCUUUUAUCUCUCUCAACAGUAGUGAGUGCUCUUCUUCUCCUUUCUCCUUUCUCCUUUUCAUUUUCAUUUUCAUUUUCAUUUUUAUUUUUGCCUUCACUGGCUAAAAAAGCAAACUUCUGAUCUUUGUGACUUCUCUCUCAGGUACCCUUUGUGGUCUCAAAACUUUUUUUUUUCUUUCUGGUCCUCUGAUUUUGCUUGGUGGGUUUUUAGCUUCUUCCUCUAUCUUGUUUUUUAGCAUCUGGGUCUUUGUGGGGGGAAGCUUUUGGGAUCCAAAGAGAGAUCAGUGAAUCACUUUGGCUUUUUUGAUGGGCUUGAAGAUGAAAAUAACUGAGAUUGUUAAUGGUGGGAUUCAACUGGUGAAAGUGGGGGGUGAUGAAUAAUGGGUUUGUUCAGUUUGAUAAUCUGUUCAUCAACAAAUCGGAUUCAUUUCGAUGGCCUCGAAAUCUAGUACCGGAAUUUCCCCGGAAAAACAUAGGAAGUUAGUUGCUAGUCAAACAACAGAAGGAAACUCCCGUAGACCUCCCCCUCUACAGGUUUCAAAGACUAGCAAAUCGGCCCCGGUUACACCUAGAGAAGUAGUAGCUCCUAAGGGUGUUCAGGUUCAACAAGUUGCUCCAAAGACCUCAGAGGAUAAAAGAGAUUCUCCUAGUUCCUUAGAGGAUAAGUUAAAUUCGAGUUUGUCGCUGGGCGAUUCAAAACGAUUGCCAUCUGAUGUGGCUGCUGUGAAUCCGCCGGAGGGUUGUGGAGACCAAGAGAAGAAGGGAUUAGAUGUUGGAGUUAGCCCGGGUUCGGCAAAAGUCAGUGAUGGGGCUGGCAGCCUUGCCAAGACUAGUGGAAGCGCGAAAGUUAGCGAGCGGGUUGAUUUCGUUGAGAGCGGGAAGAGUAGUAUUUGUAGAGGGAGCACAAGCAGUGAUUUGAGUGAUGAGAGCACUUGUAGCAGCUUAAGCAGCAGCGUCAACAAGCCGCACAAGGCGAACGACAUAAGGUGGGAGGCCAUACAGGUCGUGAGAUCGAAGGAAGGCGGUUUGAACUUUGGCCAUUUCAGGCUUCUGAAGAAGUUGGGGUGUGGAGAUAUUGGGAGUGUCUAUCUCUCUGAGUUGAGGGGAACGAAAUGUUACUUCGCGAUGAAGGUUAUGGAUAAGGGGUCUUUAGCCAGCCGAAAAAAGCUGCUUCGGGCUCAAACGGAGAGAGAAAUUCUACAAUCCUUAGACCACCCUUUCCUUCCUACUUUGUAUACGCAUUUUGAGACGGAAAAGUAUUCAUGCUUGGUGAUGGAGUUCUGUCCCGGGGGUGACUUGCACACGCUUCGGCAGAGGCAACCGGGGAAGCACUUUACUGAGCAGGCUGUUAAGUUCUAUGUUGCCGAGGUUCUCCUUGCUCUCGAAUACCUCCACAUGCUUGGGAUUGUCUACCGAGACCUCAAGCCAGAAAAUGUCCUCGUGAGGGACGAUGGGCACAUAAUGCUCUCCGACUUUGACCUCUCCCUCCGCUGUGCCGUCAGUCCAACACUAGUCAAGUCUGCAGCUCCUGAAUCUGAGCCCCUGCGAAGGAAUCCGGUCUAUUGUGUGCAGCCAGCCUGCAUUGAGCCGUCUUGUAUACAACCAUCUUGCGUGGUGCCCACAACUUGCUUUGGUCCACGUUUCUUUUCGAGUAAAUCCAAGAAGGAUAGGAAGCCAAAGAAUGAAGUGGGCAACCAAGUUACCCCGUUGCCCGAGCUCAUUGCUGAGCCAACUAAUGCUCGCUCGAUGUCAUUUGUUGGGACCCAUGAGUACUUGGCACCUGAAAUCAUCAAAGGCGAAGGGCAUGGCAGCGCUGUUGAUUGGUGGACUUUCGGUAUUUUUUUGUACGAACUAUUGUUCGGUAAGACCCCUUUCAAGGGAUCAGGGAACCGGGCAACCUUGUUCAACGUCGUGGGACAGCCAUUGAGGUUCCCAGAGGCACCAGUAGUUAGCUUUUCAGCAAGGGAUUUGAUUAGAGGGUUGCUUGUGAAGGAACCACAGCAUAGGUUGGCGUUCAAGCGCGGGGCAACGGAGAUCAAACAACAUCCGUUCUUUGAAGGCAUAAAUUGGGCAUUGAUCCGAUGUGCAAGCCCGCCUGAGGUUCCAAAACCCGUAGAAUACGAGAGAAUCUCAACCCCGAUGGUGUCAAUGAGUGAAAAAGCCACCGCUGCUGGUUCUGUCGCUCACUCGGAUCAAAACAAUUUUCUGGAAUUCGAUUUCUUUUAAGUGGUCACCAAGCUAAUAUUGCUAUUGUUUCUUUUUUGCUUGAGAAAGGUGCACAAAAGCUUCUGAAAUGUUGAUCAUGUGGGAAAAAAAAAUUAGUUUUUUUUUCUUUUUUUUUUUUUUCCUUUUUUUUUCUUUUAAUGCUUAUAGUGAUCAUAUGUUUGAUGUUGUGAUACAUUUUCAUACUUUGUAAUGCAGAAGCUGAAAAUGUUUAGUGCUUUCCCCAA